UGCUGCGCUGGUGGUGGCGGUUUCGGAGCCCAAAGUCGGGAGCGCGGAGUCGUUCCCUGAGGCGGCGGCCAGGCUAUGAUCGCGGGUCCCCGGCGUCCUGCUCGGGGCAGCCAGAGUCCUUGUCUCAGCGUGUGCCUGUGGUCGAGCGGUCUCCUUAACCCGGUUCCACUGCGCGGUUUGCAGCGGCGCUCCCGGCGCGCCCCCUCCUCCGAUGGCGGCGGAGAUUCAGCCCAAGCCGUUGACCCGCAAGCCGAUCCUGCUGCAGCGGGUCGAGGGGUCCCAGGACGUGGUGAAUAUGGCCGUGAUUGUUCCCAAGGAGGAGGGCGUCAUCAGCGUCUCGGAGGACAGGACAGUUCGUGUGUGGUUAAAGAGAGACAGCGGACAAUAUUGGCCAAGCGUAUACCAUGUAAUGCCUUCUCCAUGUUCAUGCAUGUCUUUUAACCCGGAAACAAGAAGACUGUCCAUAGGUCUAGACAAUGGUACAAUCUCAGAAUUUAUUUUGUCAGAAGAUUAUAACAAGAUGACUCCUAUGAAAAACUAUCAAGCGCAUCAGAGCAGGGUGACGAUGAUCCUGUUUGUCCUGGAGCUGGAGUGGGUGCUGAGCACGGGACAGGACAAGCAAUUUGCCUGGCACUGCUCUGAGAGUGGGCAACGCCUGGGAGGUUAUCGCACCAGUGCUGUGGCCUCGGGCCUGCAAUUUGAUGUUGAAACCCGGCAUGUAUUUAUUGGUGACCAUUCAGGCCAAGUAACCAUCCUCAAACUGGAGCAAGAAAACUGCACCCUGGUCACAACAUUCAGAGGACACACAGGUGGGGUGACUGCUCUCUGUUGGGACCCCGUCCAGCGAGUUUUGUUCUCGGGCAGCUCGGAUCACUCUGUAAUCAUGUGGGACAUCGGUGGGAGAAAAGGAACUGCCAUCGAGCUCCAGGGACACAAUGACAAAAUCCAGGCCCUCUCCUAUGCACAGCACACGAGGCAGCUCAUCUCAUGUGGGAGUGAUGGUGGCAUUGUUAUCUGGAACAUGGACGUGGAAAGGCAGGAGACCCCUGAAUGGUUGGACAGUGAUUCCUGCCAAAAGUGUGAUCAGCCUUUCUUCUGGAACUUCAAGCAAAUGUGGGACAGUAGGAAAAUCAGCCUAAGACAGCACCACUGCCGGAAGUGCGGGAAGGCCGUCUGCGGCAAGUGCAGCUCCAAACGCUCCUCCAUCCCUCUGAUGGGCUUCGAGUUUGAAGUGAGGGUCUGCGACAGCUGCCACGAGGCCAUCACAGAUGAAGAACGUGCGCCCACAGCCACCUUCCACGACAGUAAGCACAACAUUGUGCACGUGCACUUUGAUGCUACCAGGGGAUGGUUACUGACUUCGGGCACUGACAAGGUCAUUAAGUUGUGGGAUAUGACCCCAGUGGUAUCAUGAUGACACCCCCAGGCAUCAGAAAGAGUAUUUACUCAAGAAGUGAUUGUUCUAAUCCAAACCGUUACCGGGGCUGUAAGGCAGACACGUGAGAAGAGAAACUAAGGAAACUAGCUGACUUUGCAUAUUACCUGCGCACACAGGGGUGAGCUAGUGAAUGAACACUUGGAAGGGACCCUUUCGACUUGUUCAUACAAUAUAAGAGAAGAUAUUUUUUUAACAAA